AUGGAUCCAAAGUUGUUGUUCUGUUUGCCACGAGGAGAUGAAUUGUUUAACCCCCUAAAUACUCUGUUUAUUCAAAUGGGUUGCAUUCUCGUCUUCUCUCAACUAUUUUACCUCAUGCUCAAACCAUGUGGUCAAGCUGCUCCCGUCGCCCAGAUUCUCGCUGGUAUUGUGUUGAGUCCUGUUCUGCUCUCAAGAAUCCCUAAAGUUAAAGAGUUCUUCCUCCAGAAAGAUGCAGCAGAUUACUACUCUUUCUUCUCCUUCGUUUUACGAACAUCUUUCAUGUUCUUGAUCGGUCUUGAGUUCGAUAUACAAUUCAUGAGAAGAAACUUCAAGAAAGUCUCUGUAAUAACCUUGAGUUCCUUUUCGGCUUGCAGUCUCCUCAGCCUCGCCUUGGUCUAUAUACUCACCCCUUUGCUCCAUAUCAAAGAGGAUUACUUAACGCUUUUCCUGACUCUUUUCGUUACCUUGUCAAACACGUCAUCUCCUGUCGUCCUCCGUUCAAUUGCUGAUUGGAAACUCAACACAUCUGAGAUUGGACGGCUUACACUCUCCUGUGCGUUGUGCAUCGAAUUAUCAGAUGUCGUGAUCUACACUUUAGUCAUAGCCUCCAUCUCUAAAUCUAUGAUAGGUAAUAUCUUCUUGUUUAUUUUCGCCACCGGAGCCCUAAUCUUGCUCAACAAGUUUCUAGCUGCAUGGCUCCCAAAGAGGAACCCUAAAGAAAAGUACCUAUCAAAAGCUGAGACUUUAGUUUUCAUCAUCUUCCUUCUCAUUAUCGCCGUAACAAUAGAAUCCUAUGAUGUUAACUCCUCAGUUUCGGUUUUCACCAUUGGUAUAAUGGUUCCACGACAAGGAAAGACACACAGAACGUUGGUUCAACGGCUUGGUUACCCUAUCCACGAGUUUGUUCUUCCGGUUUACUUUGGUUACAUGGGAUUCAGAUUCAGUAUCACUGCGUUAACCAAACGUUAUUACAUCGGUCUCGUUAUUAUAGUGAUUCUAGCCUUAGCUGGGAAACUUAUUGGUGUAAUAUGCGCUUGUAUGUACCUGAAGAUCCCCAAGAAAUAUUGGCUCUUCUUACCAACCAUUCUCUCUGUUAAAGGUCAUGUGGGUGUUCUUCUUCUCGACGCAAACUACUCCAAAAAGAAAUGGUGGACAACAACAAUUCAUGAUAUGAUGCUGGCAUCGUUGGUGGUCACGACGCUAGUAAGCGGUGUCCUAGCAUCUUUCUUGCUUAAAGCAAGAGAGAAAGACUUCGCUCCCCAGAAAACUUGUCUUGAAUCUCACGACACUCACGAGGAGUUACGCGUUUUAUCUUGCGUUUACGGAGUCCGCCACGCUCGUGGUACAAUCUCUCUUAUCUCAGCAUUGAGCGGUUCUCAUGGAGCCUCUAAGCCCUUCGCGGCUCUGCUUAUGCACCUCGUACCACUCCCCAAGAAACGAAAAUCAUCAGAACUCUUGUAUCACGAGCUCGGUGAUGACGUGCAUGGAGAUGAUGAGUUUGGAACCAACGAUGGGUUAGAGAUCAAUGAUUCGAUUGAUUCCUUUGCUAAAGACAGUAAACUCUUGAUCCAACAGGUCAAGCUCGUGACCAAGAUGCUUAACAUGCACGUAGAGAUAUGUAACGCGACAGAAGAUCUUCGCGUUUCGAUUGUGCUUCUUCCGUUCCAUAAACACCAGAGGAUAGAUGGGAAGACUACAAACGAUGGAGAGAUUUUCAGACAGAUGAACAGGAACGUUUUAAGACACGCUCCAUGUUCAGUUGGUAUUUUCGUGGACCGGAACAUAACCGGGUUUCAACAACCGCACGGGUUUGAUUCGGUACAACAUGUUGCUGCAUUGUUCUUUGGUGGUCCUGAUGAUCGUGAGGCUUUAGCUCUAUGCAGAUGGCUAGCUAACAACACUCUGAUUCAUCUCACGAUUAUACACUUCGUUUCAGAGGAUUCUCAGACAGAGAGUCCCGUUGGGAACACGACAACACAAGACAAUAACGAUUUUUUCAUCGAGGUUGCGGGAAGAGAUCAAACUGAAUACGAAGCAGACCGAAGUUUCUUAGAAGAAUUCCAUAACAGAUUUGUGACAACGGGACAAGUGGGGUUCAUGGAGAAGCGUGUGAGUGAUGGACCGCAUACGCUGACGAUUCUAAGAGAGAUAGGAGAGAUGUAUUCACUGUUUGUGGUUGGGAAGAGCAGAGGAGACAGCCCUAUGACGGUAAGAAUGAAAGAUUGGGAAGAGUGUCCGGAGCUCGGAACUGUCGGUGAUUUCCUGGCUUCAUCUUUAGAUGUAAAUGCUUCUGUAUUAGUUGUUCAAAGACAAAGACAUUCACAUGAUAACUUUCUAGAUGAUUAG